AUGGAUGGCCCAAAGAUCGCUGAAUAUGUGCAGAGGUUUCACGACUUGUCUCGCGUCGUCCCGUAUAUGGUUGAUCCAGAAUUCAAGCGCGUUGAGCGUUUUAUUUGGGGAUUGGCACCCCAAAUCAUGAGUAUGGUGACGACAUCGAAGCCCGCAACGAUCACGGAGGCGAUUGAUCUGAGUGUGUCACUAACUAAAGAGGCGAUCCGGUUAAACAAGUUUUCGAUUUCUGACCAGAAGAAGAAAGAAACUCACGUUGAGUCAUCCGGUGAGAACAAAAGGAAGUUCUCAAACUUUAAGAAGGGUACCAGCAGUGCCAACAAGAAGAAGGAAGUGAACCCACCAGCUGAGGUCAAAACUGGUACUGAAAACAAGGGGAAAGGAUACAUGGGCACUCUGCCCAAAUGUGAUGUGUGCCAGUAUCAUCAUGCCGGCCAAUGCAGAGUUAGAAAGUGUGAGUCUUGUGGGAAGGUUGGCCAUUCGAAGGAGACAUGUUGGGCUGGUACUGGUCAUGGUGGUCAAAGAGGUUAUGGUAAUGGAAAUAAUAGCCGUGGUGGAAAUGGGUAUGGAAACCGCCCUCAAGGAGGAAAUGGCGGAAAUGGUAAUCGUGGGAAUUUUGGGAAUCAAGCUGGGAGUGGAAACCGCAACCAAAACAACAAUCAAGGUGGUAACGGAAAUGGUAAUGGUCAGGGACUAGGUUGA